CGAGUGUUCUAGGCUCUGGGGGGGCGGCUACCUUGCGAUAGGCACUACUUUUGACCGCAAUUUGAUUUAAAAUGCCCUUCUUUGCAAAAGUCUUCAUCAUCCCGUAAAAAAAAGCCCAGCUGUACAAACCAGAUGCCUUCCAGUGUCAGUCCCCCGUCUUCGCCUCCCCUCGAUCCAGUGGCCGUCAGCGAGGACCUGACCCCUUUACCUGUCGCCAAGGUCAAAGGCGACACGGAUAUCACUUUCGACGGGCAGUUGAGGAGUCCUCUCAAAUUGCACGAAGAUGUCCGAACAGGCUGUGGUGGUCAGACUUGGCCUGCUGGAAUGGUCCUGGGAAAGCACCUGCUGAGGUACCAUCGCCAAGACCUUGAAGGUGCCAGAAUACUAGAGUUGGGCGCUGGAGGCGGUUUAGUUGGCCUCGGUGUGGCUGCAGAAUGCGGGGUCCACGACAAGCUGCUGAUUUCCGACCAAAUACCGAUGCUCGGGUUGAUAAAGCACAAUAUCCAGCUGAACGGCUUGAAGAGCAGAGCGGCGUCUCUAGAGCUGAACUGGGGAGACCCUCUGCCGCAGGUGGUCCUCGACAAAAAACCGAAUGUCAUCAUCGCCGCCGAGUGUGUGUACUUUGAGCCUGCGUUUCCACUCCUGCUGCAAACACUCAAGGACCUCUUGGAGCUCAAUUCGGAUGCUGUGGUGUACUUCUGCUUCAAGAAGCGCAGACGAGCCGACAUGCAAUUUGUCAAGGUGGCUAAGAAAGCAUUCGCCGUUGAUGAGCUAUUUGACGAGGAUCGCCCCGUUUUUUCGAGGCAAUCGUUGUUUCUCUUUUCUUUCAGAAACAAGAUUCACAGAGCAAACCCAAAAGCCGCUUCGAAAAAGGCUUGAGAAGCGACUUUGGAUGGCUUGGCUGAACAGAAAUCUGACAUAAGCCACGUGAACAUGGUUAUCAAGCGAUACCACUACGCUGGUUGUAGCACAUGCUCAUCUCUAGAGGAGAACGGCUUGCGGUCAUUUUGGGCCCCAAGACACUUUCAACACUGCAGCACCUGAGGUUGCCAUAUACCUGAGCUCCCAAAACUCAGCGCCGCGUCCGCUCAACAGUCAAGCAAAAGAGACAAGUUGAUAUGCAAAGCUGGCGAUUCGGGUUUACUCCCUUGGCCCAGACAAGGACAAACGCAAUGCCUCUCAAAUAUGGCGAGUUGA